AUGUUAUCUUUACUUAAUAAUAAUAUAAUCUUACAAGUGUCAAAGAAAAGAAAUAUAUUGUUUGUGACGACUAGUGAUCGGGUCUAUGGGUUAGGCAUUAAUAACGAUGGAGUGUUGGGUUUGGGACACAACCGACCCAUACAUAAACCCGAAGAACUAUUGUCCUCACAUCCGAUGGACGGAGACCUCAAACCCGAUAACGUGUUGAUUGCCAACAAUAGUUACAACAAAACUAAUUAUCGAUAUAUAAAGUUAUGUGACUUCGGUUUGUCUAAAGAAGUGGAUGUAUUGAGUGAUCGAUACAAUCAAACCAAUGUUAACCACACCGGAGGUGUCGCCCAAUAUAUGGCACCCGAAGCACAGUUUGGCACCGAUUAUAACCACUUAAUAGAUGUCUAUAGUCUGGCACUCAUUGGAGCGAAAAUAUUUGGUUUCGAUUCCGACGAUAUCAGAGAUGGAGUGUAUAUUAAAUCUUAAUUUUGAAAAUAUUCUUAAUGCAAGUCUUGGGAUAAAAAUGGUUGAAAUGUACAAAUUAUUGCUAUCAAUGAGUGUUAGUGUAUAUACAAAGAGUUAUGGAAAGACUGAUUGGAGACUAAGACCCGAAUGUGACGUAAUUUUACAUAAAUUACAAG